AUGGAAACAAGGGGAAAGGAGAGUUGUUACAAGUUUCGUCCAAAGCGUGGGAGUGGGGGCGGGGGGCUUCCCGAGGCGGUGCUGCCCAGGCUGCGCGUCCUGCCCACACCGUGGGAGGGGGAUUUUCCCGAGAGGGGGUUGGGGUUGAAUUACAGACCCCAGCCCAGCACGGAGUGGCAAAGGGGAAACUCGGCCGAAGCCCCUUACACGCCUGCGGCGGCCCCGGGCGCGGGAGGAAGGCGUGAGUGUGUCCCAGUGUGUACGCGCGUGUUAGUGCCUGGGGGGCGAGGCGGGGGGCGGGGGUCCGGCCGUUACCGGCGGUUUGGUGGCGCCCCCCUCUCCCCUCCUCACCCCUCGGGUCCUCGGAGGUUGGUCACAAGUCUCUGGGACCAACGACCACAAACCGCCGCUGGCGCCGCCGCCGCCGCUUCGGGGACCCGGCGGGCAGUGUGGGCGCCGCGGGGAGAGGGGAGGCGGGCAGGGGGCAGCUGCAGCGGCAGCUGCAGCGGCAGCAGCAGCCGGGGAGCGGGAGCCAGGGGUGGGAGGGGCUCGCGCUGUCCUCGCGCCUCCGCCUCCCGCUCGCGCCCCAGCGAGCCCACCAGCACCAGGCGUCCUCCACCGGCCCGCGUCGAGCGCUCCCCACCCGCCGGGGCCGGGGCCUCUGCCAGCCAAUCAGAGGCCAGCCUUUGGAUGCCCCCGGGGGUGGGAGGGCGGGGGGCGGGGAGCAGGAGCGCCCCCUCCCCCCCAGCCUGCGCUCCCCAUCCGAGACCCUGAAGUGGGCGGGCCCUGAAACGAAAUCUCAAAGAAUCACCUGGCCGGGAGGGAGAAGGGCUUCGGACGGGCAGCGAGGGCAGCCAAUGAGGGCGAAGCUCGGGCUCAGCCGUGUUUUCGGGAGCCAAUCAAGGAAAGGCAACCUCGAAGUAAGGAGCACGUGGCGGAAGGAGACCGAUUCUUGCGAAAAGUUGUAAGGCCGAAGGUGCGUUUGGAUUUUGUUUCCCAUUGGUGAAUUAUUUGUCAUGUGAACUGUCUGGAAGAAAGUUACAGGGGAGGAGUUCAUAUUUGUUAGUUUGUUUCCAGAACCCCCGUAGGCAGUCUGAAAAAAGUUUGAUUGCUGUUUUUAAAUGCGCUUAAAAAUUGCAAAGGCCGCCAUUAUUUUUAAUUUAACUAAAAGUUCGGAGAGGAGUACUUUUCAAAAACCCAAAAACAU